UGAUUAUUCGCGCCACACAAAAAGUUCCCGCAAUUAUUCAUCCAAGACUCAUAUCGAUCUCUGAACACACGUCACUUAUCCGCAUCUCAGCUUUCUACCAAUAAUUGCGUACAAGGGAUUCAGAGACCAGUUAGUCUCUGACUUACCAGCUCCAUCAUGGCCGCGACCGAAGACGCAACAGCACGGACCGAGAUCCCUGUCGGCAACGAAGAGGAAUACAUUUCUUCCGAAGAUGAGGACUACAAUCCCGAGGCCGUCAAUGGCGAAGCAGACGGCGGCGAGGAGUCUGAAAGCUCCUCUGAAGACGAGCAAGCUCCUGGCGCCGGCAAGAAACCAUCAAGACCAAAGAAACGCAAGUCCGGUCCGACCGAGAAUGACGAGCAAGCAGAGGAGCUCGAUUCGGGCGACGAAGCUACGAUUCGAAAAGGCGCGAAGCGGAGAAAGCAAAGGAAGGCGGGCGGCAAAGAUCAGGAUGACGAGGAAGACGACGAAGGCGGAGAAGGAGGGUUAAUCAAGACACGAGCGCAGCGAGCAGCAGAAAAACAAGAAAAGGGUCCACUCGCAAGCACCGACGGCGCAACAGUCGACGUCGACGCUCUCUGGAAAAGCAUGAUCUCCGGGCCUCCGACCAAUAAACCCGACCCUGAAGCACAGUCUAAACCAGAACAAACCCCUGCGCAACAAGACCAAGCAUCCUUCGCUGAUACCACCAAAUCAUUAACAAACGGCCACUCCACCACAACCACACCAAGUACAAAAACAACAACAACAGCCACCACCACCACAAAAGCACCUGAUGAAGAAACCAUACUCAUAAAACGCACCUACAAAUUCGCCGGCGAAAUCAUCACCGAGGAAAAACGCGUGCCCAAAUCCUCCGCCGAAGCCCGUCUCUAUUUACAAUCCCUCGAAUCAUCCUCCUCUUCUUCAUCCCCGGCCACUUCACAACAACAACAGCAACAACAAAAUCGUCCCCCGCCACUCCGUCGGCCCAAGAAACGUACUUCGUUGUUCGAUCCCGGCACGACCGCACCGACUACUAUAAAUGGCGGAACCAAUGCUGGUGUCGCACCGGGAGCGGGAGCGGGAGCAGGAGCAGGAGCUCGCGGAGUACCACACAAAACCGCCGCAGGACCAAAACUAAACACGGUCGAAAAAUCUAAACUCGACUGGGCAGGAUUCGUCGACAAGGAAGGCAUCGCAGAGGAACUCGAUGAACAUUCUCGUGCCAAGGAGGGAUAUCUCGGCCGCAUGGAAUUUCUGGGACGCGUUGAUGCGAAAAAGGAAGAUGAAUUGCGUGCUGCCCGGAGGAAGUAGCUUCUCUUUCUUGGUUGCAUCAUUCUGCAUCUCACCUUCCUUUUCUGAUCUUCUCUUCUUUUCUUUUUCUUUUUCAUAUUUCUGUUAAUUUUUUUUUCUAAAGUUGCUGAACACCCGCUGAUAUACCCAUCCUCCAUUCCAUGCCUUUUCUACCUUGCUUUACCAUUUUUUCAUUCGUUAAUUUUUUUUAUCUUCUCUUUCCUUUUUUUUUGGUGUCCAUAAAAGCAUGGCCUUGAUAUGCUUCAGACCAGCAAACUCACUUUUCCGCUUUACGGACAUCAUAAGGGCACAUUAAUUAAACGUGAGUCUUCGAAUAAAACCGAUGUAGCGCUGCAAUUAGAGAG